GACAAUGAAUCCGUACAGCAAGGAAGAGAAGGCUAAGAUAGUACAAUUUUACUGGGAUUCAAAAUCGGUAGUUGUAACGCAAAGAAAGUUUCGCAGCCAUUUUAAGACUCGAAAAGCACCAUCAUAUAACAGCAUUUUACGUCUAACUGAGCAAUUUGUUAGAGAAGGUGACUUAGGAAACCUAAGUAGAAAAUCAAGUGGCAGGAAAAAGACGACAAGGACCCCAGAAAACAUCGAGAAGGUAAAACAUCUGGUUCGCAAACAACCCUCAAAAUCCUCUCGCCAUCUCGCGCAAGAGGCGGGCACCAGCAGAACCUCACUGCUCAGGAUACUUAAAAAGGAUCUGAAAAUGAAGCCAUACAAGGUGACGACAUGCCAGAAGCUGUCGCAGAAGCACAUGAUGGAACGCCGGGCCUUCGCAGCCUGGCUUACCGACGAGGACUCAAAAAAUCCGGACUUCGCACAAAACAUCUGGUUCUCUGAUGAGGCCCACUUUCACCUGGAUGGCAGUGUUAGCUCGCAAAACAGCCGAUUUUGGAGCACCGAAAAACCGGACGUGGUACAGGAGAAGUCACUGCACAGCAGCAAGGUCACCGUAGGGUGUGCCCUCAGCGGAAGAGGAAUCGUCGGUCCAGUUUGGUUCGAGGAUGGAAGCGGCGACACCGUGACCGUCGACCAGCAGCGCUACCAAGCGGUGCUUAUGAACUUCUGGAAGCAGGCCAAAACGAAAUAUGGCAGUCUCAUGGACCUGAUGUGGUUGCAGCAAGACGGCGCACCUCCUCACACCGCCAAAGCAACCCUGAAGUGGAUCGAAAACCACUUUGGUGACCGGCUGGUAUCCCGCGGUGCCAGUCGCAACUGGCCUGCCUGCUCACCCGACCUGACCCCUAUGGAUUUUUUCCUGUGGGGUCAUCUCAAGGGCCAGGUCUACAAGGAAGGUCCAGAAAGCCUCUGUGAACUGAAGAGAGAGAUCACGAAGGCUGUGCGAGCCGUACCAGUGGACAUGUGCCGUCGGGCUGUCGCGUCAGUCGCCAAGCGGGCUGCUCUGUGCCUGUCUCGCGAAGGUGGUCACUUUGAACAUCUGCUCUAAGAGACUGAAGACGACAGAAAGCAGAUGAGAAUGAUGCUAUAAAUGAAUUUCCACGAAAUGUACUCUGGUUUGCUAUCAUUCCCAUUCACCUGCAUGCAAUAAUACAUGUUUUA